ACUCCUGAUACGUAAAAGUGUUAUUUCCCCCUUUCGACUCCUGUUACUGUGAAAACUAAUGUUUAAGAAACCCUUUUAAAAGACAACAGCUGCCUAUAACGUUUUAUAUAGCAUAAAAUGGUCAUUCGUUUAACCAUUCGAUUUCAGACGCAGCUUGUGCUCGUCGAAAUAUUCAUUGAACCAACAAUAAGAAUGAUACUUACUAAAGAUAGAUUAAUGGCCAGUGUAGAGAAAUACCCAGCUCUUUCACAGCUGAUUCCAUCAGAAGAAGGGCAUAUUAUCGCUUCUGAUAUUACAAUGGAUGGAUUACUGAAUAUAAUGAGAUUUAUCCAGUGGAAUACAUGUCCAAUUAAAAACUGGGAUGUUGCUCUGAAGACGUAUGCAGCUGCACAGGCAUAUGGAGUGGUAACUUUACAACGCAUGUGCGAAGAAUUUUUCUGCGAAAACCCUAUUUGCACGAACUAUAUUAACGCAGUUCACGGGCUGGCGACAAGGCUAAGCAUUGAUCCUGUUGUGCAUGUCACCAGUCAAUUUUUAGCUUUAGGCAGAAAUAUGCGUGAAGCAGAGGAAUUUCUGUACUGCUUCGUGAAAAAUUCAAUGAACAUUGAAGCUUCAAUUUUUACUGUGCCUUUGGUGGACAUCGGCAUGAGUGCAAUGAACAAUUUUCAUAAAGAUAUAUCCAAUGAGGUUGUCUUUGAAUCUCGGAUGAAUUGUUACGAAAUAUUAGGAAUCGGGAUUAAUCUGCACUGUUGUGAUAAUACCGAAAGAAAAGUUUAUGUAGAAGUCGUUAAUGACAAAGAACAUAUAUUUUUUACCGAAGAAAGGUUCAAGUCAUUAAAUUCGCCUUGUAUUCUCAACCUCAGAAAAAAGUUGAUCGUAAGACCCGAACAGUCUGCGAGCAUUCGAAUAACUGUAGAAGACCUGGAUCCUGGUUUAUGUUACUCCUUGGCGCAAAAUUCUAUGGAAUUAUGCAGUAGUUUGAAAUGUUCUGUGAGAAGCCAUCAAGAGAGGCUGCACGAAAGUAAAGAACUAUGCUUCAUCGGUGAAAUUUUUUACCACAAGAAAUUUCGAAUGCAUUCAUUAAAUUUUUAAAUUAAAAUUAAAUUUAAAUUAAUGUUAAGCAUCUUUUGCAUUUAGGUUAAUCUUGUGCAUUUAUUUUAUUUAUGUAGACUUUAGCUUUUGUAGAGCUUUGAAUCAGAAGCACCAGAUCAACCAUUAAAUGCACUGUAUUAGAAAGAUUCUACUAAUCAUUAAGUACAAGAUGCAGUUAAAAUCAUUUAUGAUAAUCCUUCGUUUAUUUAAGAAUGGCUUAAGUCUACUUACUUACUUAUGGUAUUAAGUGAAAAUGAUAUACAUGUAAAAAAAUUGUAAGAAAUAAUUUAUGUUUGGCACCUUAGAAAAUGGGAAAGAUAUUUUCAAACGAAUACCUAAUUUAUCGAUUUAAGGGCCAUUACAUUCUGUGUAUGCUAGUAGUUAAUUACGCCAUCAUUCUGCAAAAAUUCAAUUAAUAGGUAAGUAUUUAAAUGUGAAAAUACGUUGCCCAUUAGAAGACAAAAGGCCAAAUGUUUAACUAACAAAUUUGAGGAACAAAUAUCGCUUCCUUUGAAGCUGGACUUGUUCCUCACAUUUCUUAGAUCUAUCUGUUUUUCAAAUUUGCUUUUAAGAGAUAUGAUGAAUAAGGAAAUAUAAUGAACGAUAUAUAAUGAAGAAUUUAAAUUAAUUUGCAAGAAGUAGCAUAAUACCUACCCAUGGAUUAGUUUAUUUUGAAAUUUAUGCAAUCCAAUUCUAAGUUGUCGCAUAAUGAAAAAUGCAUGUAUAUAUAGUAUAUAUAAUAAAAAUUAAUAUAUAAUAUGUAAUUAAUAUAUAUAAUGUAUUAAUAUGUAAUAAAAAAUUAAAUAAAAAGUAAAAAUAAAAAUAUUAAACAUAGUUACAACUGAUGUAAGUAAAAAACAACUAAUCGCGUAAAAUUACAAAUUGUGCAAAAAUUACUUUUAAACUCUUUCUUCAGUUUAAUGGCACUUGCGCACAUGACAGUUUUUCCCAAACUGAACGCUUGCACACAAGAAAUAUCCGUUGCUGGAUGAGUAAUAAUAGUUUGUAUGGUUUAGUGGCAGUUGCACACAAAACCACAUCUUCUUGAUUUUCUUUCAGUAACUUAAAACUGCGACUCGAAGUAUUAACUUGUUUUACAAAAUUUUAAGCCAUUGGGCAGCAUACAUAUAGAUUUUAACAAAAUGUUUAUCUUGUGUGUGUCUUGCCGUAUAAAGAAUGAUGACCUUAAGAAGUUAGGUAACUUUAAAAUGUCAAAAUAUCCCCAAAAUACGAUACAUUUUAAAACUCAAAAAUCUUCAUAACUGGUUUAUAAAUAUACGAUGCUGCAUACUUACUUCGAUAGCCCCCGUAAAUCACAAGGCUGAUUGAUUGUUUCUGACAGGCUGGUUUCUGUGCGGAAGUGUUAUUUGUUGUUCAUAAUUGAUUAUACUUUUGUACCUCAUUUAAUGACUCAAAAUUCUAAUUUCAAAGCUUUAAAUAAAUACUAUCAAUAAUUCAGGGUAAACAGAAGUAAUCGUUUUAAAUGUAAUUUUCUUUCGUUCUUUCUUUCUUUUUUUUCUUUUUCUUUUUUUUUUUUUAAGAAUAUAAGUUAUAAUGAAUUUCAUUUCAAUAACAUUAUAUUAAAACUGUUACUAAAUUACUUUAAUACGCAGAAUACACAUUUUCAAAACUAUUUUAAUAUUCAGAAUCAAAAUGUGUAAUCAUUAAUUAUGUAUAAAAAAAUUUAUUCAUUAUCUACAUUAAGAUUGAAUGGCAAAACUUGCAACUACCUUUUUUGAAGCCGAAAUCAGAGUUUAUAUUACUGUAAAAUUCUAAUCAAAUUCCUCAUUAAUUAAUGAAAUUUCAAUAAAUUUUAUGCUAAUUGUUAAGUUUAUAAAUCUGUAUAAAACAGUAUAUAGGAAUAAUAACAUUAUCUAAUAUCUUCUUAAAUAUUAAUGUAGUUAAAUUCUAUCUUUAUGUAUGGUGCAUUGUAAUUAAUGUUACUUUCAUUAACUUGUAUAUAAACAUCAGUUAUUAUUCUUGCAUCUGCUAGAACGUACUGCGUAGUUGGAGGACAACGAAGAUAAAAAAAUUGUGUCUGAAUUUUAACGAUACAAUGUUCAUAUCUUAGUGUUGCUCGCUCAUUUUUGUAACAGAAGACCACAGGAAGCUAGAAUCUCACUAACAAUCCCCUUAACGGCACUUGCAUAUUUUCUCGUUGACCAUGAAAACUGGCGGAGAUGGCACCAAAUGUUCUAAAAUUAUUCCGUGGUUUUUUUUUUUUUUUUUUACCGGAAAUGGUCGAUUGCAAAGAUAUGUAAGUACCGUUUUCUCGCAUGUUUCUUAAUUCACCUGCUACUUGUGGUCUUUAAUAUUACUUUAAUAAUUAGCAUUAAAUUAAUUCAAAAAUAAUUGGGUUUUAUUUCAGUUUACUUAACGUAAUAUUUAACUUUCUUUUUAAAUAAUAGCAUUAAUGUUGCGCCGUGUUUAAAGUGAUUAAAAGUAAGAGAAAAAGGAAAAAUUCAAUUAUUCGAAAAGUGUAGACAGUAUUCCCAGAAAUCCACAGAAAGUGUGUGAUUAUGGCAAAGCCUCGAGGGCUAUCUGCCUAAGGAGAGGGAUGCCUUCGUGGAGGACUUUCAAAGGGAAACUGGCUCGUAUACACGUUACACAUGGGGAAAACCACGAAAACGCCUAUGCAGCCAGCCCGUUCGAGAGAUUCGAACCUCAGACCGAUCUACCAGUGUUCAGCGACUUUACCGCUCGGCCACUGGUGGGCAAAUUCACGGAAAGACUUUGCUUUUAUUUCUAAUGACUAGCUGCUUGAAGUAGUUAUGUAUAUAUACAUCUUUCUUUUACAAUUUUCUGAAAAAUUCCAUCGAAUUAUUGAGUUUUUAGUUUUUUUAUUACUUUUCAGUCUCCGGGUAUAAUAGUGAUAAAAGUAACGUUAGCAUCAUACACCUGGUUAAAAGAGUUCUUUAAGGGAAUUGCAAUUUUGGUUUAGAAUUGAAACUUGUAGUAUUAAGUUAAGGAAUUGCUUGAGUGUUUAAAUAAACAAUUUUGCUUAUUCAUUAAGUCAACUUUGUGCCUAACGAGUUUUCAUACAUAAAGAAACUUUCGGCUAGCUGCAUUGAUUUUUUUAUGGUUUCUUCUAUUUGUCACAUGUAUACGAGGUAGCAUUUUGAACGUUGCCACGAUCGAUGCACAUAGAUCUUGCGCUUUAUAUCAAACUUUGAGAAGGAGGUUUACUAACCCUGAAGACGUUUAUGAAAAUUUAAAAUAAUUGUUUUUUACUUCUAGAAUAAUUUAAUUGGUUAGUAUUUUAGGAAUUUACUCAUUAUAGCGGCCCUCAAGUUUGAAUGGCUAAUCAAUCGUGAAACAUGAAGAUAAUAAAAGACACAAUAUACCAUAGUAACAAUAGUACUCACAUGUUGCUUCCUAAGAAUAUUUUUAAUAACCGUUAUUACAAGGCCAUAUUUCUGAAACUGCUUUCAACAAUUCAUCAAAAACAUAAUCUGUUUCCUAUGUACAUUCUCCAUAUAAAUUCCAAAAUAUGUGAUUCGAAGUGAUGUCGAUCCGUGCCCCGUUGUUUUUUAUUAAGCCACAUAGGCGAAACCCGAGAUUCUUCCCACAUUUUGGGUGUGAACAUCCGUUGUAUGAUCUAAAGAAUUGUCACUGGGACUAACGUCAUCAAUUUUCUACAUUUUAUAUCCCUUUCAGCAGUCUGAAUAGAUCAUUGAUCCAUCUUGUACGCGUUGAAUAAUUUUCUCAGUAAGUAUACUAUUCCAGAUUUGAACGAAAAAGCAUUCACUAAUUUCACGGCAUAUUCCUCCAAAAAUCCAUUGUUGUGUGAGUAUUUUGCCACUGUUGUUCUUACAUGGCACGAACAAACUUUCAUUGAUUUCAGCUAUUUAACUGGGACCGUUCACUGUCUGAGGCAAAGAUUCAGUGGACAGCAUAUUCGUCUACUGAAUCUUUGCAUCACGUUUAGGGAACACGCAAACAAAUGUUCCGAUCAUUCGCAGCAUUUUCGAAGCUGUUUUUCACACAGUCUGAAGAAUGUCAGUUCCUCUGCCCAAGAAUACAUAAAUUUAAUAGCAGUGAUGAAUGAUAUUCUUGAACAACUGAACCAAUUUCCAACACGAAGUCCCUUCUUUCUUUUACAAUUUUUAAGAGUGCACCUCCAAAUGGUUUCGUCGUUAACAUAUAGCUUCGUGUUGUGGCCGGACAUUUUCGUACAGUCGCUUGUCAGGUAAAAUAUCUCUUUCUUGAAAAAAUUAUAUGGUACCCACCUUUUUAUUUGGUAAAUUGGAGACUGUUAACCCCAUAUUCACAAAGCAAAUAUUUAAAUAAAAAUAAUGCGGAAAAGAGAAGUAUUUAAAAAAAAAACUAAUGCGAAUUCGAAACCCUUAACAAAAAUUAAACAAAUUAACAAACACAACAAUGGAGUUUUGGAGGAUGCUACAAUAUAAGAACACGUGACGACAGCAAAAAUGUAAUGUGUAGUGACGUUGUAAGGGUUCCCUUUAGUUCACUAACCACUUAUUUUAAAUUUUAUAUCUUUUCUGAAUUCUCUCGUUUCCUCUCACAUUUCCUCUCCAGGAUACAAAUUAAGAAGGUGAAAGAGGGUAUUUAAACUUUGGAAACGAGAAGGUUAGGCAGAGAAUGAUUUCCCUAAUGAAGCUCACGUUUGUUAUUUUGUCCUCCAUCUUAGUAGCAUAUCGCCGGUGUAGGUUUCUUAGUCAGCCUGUUAGAUUAAAUUAAAUUGUGUAAUCUAGCACUACAUCUUACCUUUUAGAUUUAUUGUCAACUUACCUUUAAGUUCUCACCCCAAGUAAUCGGUGUUGUUAACCGCAUGUAAAUAUGCGCCUAGUUGUGAUUAAUAAAUGUGCUUCUUACACCCUUUCCUUGUUGUGUUUAUCUUCACGCCUGUACGUUAACACUAAGAUCUAGUCACAUCCCAUGUUAGCAACGAAAAUCAGAUCUUACAACGUAUAAAAACACGUGGCGAGAUAUCUCUGUUGAUUAGCGAUUCAAUCUUGGGGGCCGCUAUCAUAAGAAAGUACCAUAUUUUAAAAUGAUUUCUUAGUUUAUGUGAUUUUCAAAAAUUGCUGAGAGCUUAAUCGUAAUCCUUUGUGUUUGUUAUAAGUAAAAAAUACAUUUGUUUUAUCCUUAAUUUUAUCAAAAUUUGUAAAUUUUUAAAUAUGACUGGUGUUCUACCAGUUUGAAUAUAGAUCUAAACCUAUGUGAUUCUUGUAUGAUCUUAAUUACUAUUAUUAUUAUUUUGUAAUGAUUAUAAAGAAUUUUUUGACAAAUAAAUAUAUUUAUAUAUUGUU